AUGGCAGUCAGAGCUGCGCAGAUACUCGCAAGGGUGUCAUGCACCUUAUGCGCCUUGUUCGAGAUUGCUGCAGCAAUACCGAAUGUUGCUUUCCCUUUCAACUCCCAGGUACCGACAGUCGCACGCAUAAAUCAACCAUACACUUUUCAAAUCUCUGCGUCCACUUUUGCGCCUGACGCCGCCAAUUAUGUCUACAGUCUUGCUGGUCAGCCAGCAUGGCUCACGAUCAACAGCGCAACGAGAACUUUGACGGGCACACCUGGCACUGGAGACGCUGGUUCCAAAACCUUCAACCUUUUGGCAGGCGACAGUAGUGGUGCGGCCACAAUGGAAUGCACACUUGUGGUGUCCGUAGACCCUGCACCGCAACUUACUGGAGAUGUUAGCAGGCAACUCGCAGAGUCUGCAAACCUCUCGAGUAGCGAGCCGCCGGUGGUGACACUCGUGCCAUCCACAGCAUUCAAUUUCGAUUUCACUCAGGAGUCUUUCAUCGACAUCAUUCAGCGCAGGCUUUACUAUUACGCGACUCUAUCUGAUCAUACACCUCUGCCUUCGUGGCUGAAGUUCGAUAGCGAACGGCUCACGUUUUCCGGCAUUGCACCAGACUUGAGUGCCUUUCCACAAUCGUGGGACAUCAAUUUGAUCGCUUCUGAUGUGGCUGGAUUUUCAGGAACGUAUGCCUCCUUCACUAUUGCGAUAGGUACGCAACAGCUGGUGUUUGUACCAGAAGAGCAGGAAGUCAAUAUAACCGCCGGCGACAAGGUCAACAUCACAGUGCUUCAGAAUGAGUUGUUCAGCAGCAAUGUCAACAUCAGCCCAGCGGAUCUGAAAGAUGCGGAAGCUGAAAUACCUGCCUGGCUGCAUUUUAACGCUUCCACGCUGGCCAUCACUGGAACAGCACCGGUGGACUUUUCAAGCGCAAAUAUCAGCGUCACAGCCACGGACAAGCAGGGAAACAUGGCAACUGCGAUCAUCAAUUUGACAGCAGGCAAUGCCUCUCUUUUCGAGGGUCAGAUUGGCACUCUUUCCGCUGCAGCAGGGGAAUCGUUCACCUACCACUUCGACGACUCUCUGUUCAGCCGGGACGAUCUCGAGCUCGCAGUUUCGUUGCCAGCUUCGGCCGACUGGUUGAAGUAUAACAAAGAUACCCGAGCUCUCGAGGGUGAUGUGCCUUCAAGUACGCAAGCUUCCACCAUCAAGGUAACAUUGACGGCGAAGCUGCCUGACGAUAAAGAAAGCCAAACACAGACUUUCACCAUUGAUGUCAAGGCCGUCUCUGUGACUACGAGCACAGCUUCGAAUCCAACACAAACGAAUACACAUCGCGAUGUCGAAAAGGGCCAUGGUGCAAGCGAGGAUGUUCCACCUUCAGUGCCUCCGAAGGAGAAUGAUCCGCCGCCACAAAUCACUUUGAACUUUGCCCCGAAUCCCGCGAGACCAAAGUCGAGAUGGCUCAAAAGAAUCUCGCGGAAUUGGCGCGAGUCUCUAGGCAAUCUAGCCAAGGUAGCCCCUCCAAGAAGAGAAGUAAAAAGCAUCCGCCUCGUAGCACGGAGCGACAGCAUCAAAGACGACAGACCCAUAGAUCUGAAACGGCAAAGUUUCAUUCGAAAUCGAGCAAGCACGAACAUCCAGUCGCCUCUGUUCACUCACGGGAGUCGCGCCAGCUCGAACAACACGCGUCAGACAGGUGAAGUCUCGGCAAAGAACAGCACAGCUGGGUCGGCAAGACGAGGGAGGAGAGGGAAGAGCAUGCUCACAAUGUACUCUGAGUCGUCUUCGGUAGAGCCGCAGCAUCAUCAUCUGGACUCACCUCAUCGAGACUCCAGACGUUUCAGUCAGAAGAUAAGGACUGCGUUCCGGCCGAACUUCCCACGCGCAGUGACCAAGUCUACACUUUACGAUGAGGCUGGGGGAGCGAGUCGUGCGAGUAGAGCGAUUACAGACUCGUCCGGAGACUGGACCAGUGACAGCUUGAACAGCCAAGACUGGAUUACCGAGCUGUCCAAACCGCGACAGGAGCGAACGUUUGUGCUGCCAGGAGAAGCCUCUCCGACGCCGCCACCGCCUUCUGCACCUCCCACGUCGAGACAGCAGUCUAGACAGGCCACGCCAGAUGUUGAAGGUGCAGCCGUACCAAAUAGCGCAGCGGAAAGGCUGAAGCAACGCGCGCUGAAGAAGCAAUUACGCGAGCGCUCAUCUUCACCGCUGAGUCAAAAUGUCCAAGUCAUCAAUCGAUCUUCGCCCUCAGUAAUAAGGAAGAUGCCGAGCACUCGACGUAAUCGGCUCAGCGAGCCACUGUCUUUGGUCAGCGCUGAUAGCAUGCAUAAAGGCAGACCUCGAAUGGGCAAUGCUCGACGACCAGUGAGUGUAGAAGAAGUGCAGAGGCUGAGUAGCAUGCGAGCCGAGCAUGACGCUGCCACUACAGCUGGCAGCGAGCGAGAUCCGUGCUGGUUGACCGAGGAAAGCGAUGGUGAGGAUAUUAGAGGUGCUGGACUGAUUCCGCCCCUUGGUGGAAGUGCAAGCAAAGGCAAUACCAUGAGAAGUGAUCUGAGCGGUCCGGCAUUUCUGUAA